GCGCUGAGCAGCUGUGCAGUCUCGGUAUCGCUCACUAUCAGACAACGGGAGUCACCGGCGCCGAACACACUCAGUUUUUCUCCCGACGCAAACGUUAAACCGUUCGGUGAAACGCUGCCUUUAGGAGCGUCGUGUCAGCGAAACGACAUGGGGGACCGAGUAGCUUUACUGCUGCUGGCUGUAGCGGCUUCGGCUCUUGCUGCCGAGGUGCCUACAGAUGUUUCUAUGGGUCUGUUGGCAGAGCCCCAGGUGGCCAUGUUUUGCGGUAAACUCAACAUGCACAUUAACGUGCAGAGCGGCAAGUGGGAGCCGGACCCCUCGGGCACCAAGAGCUGCAUCGGCACCAAAGAGGGCAUCCUGCAGUACUGCCAGGAGGUGUACCCAGAGCUCCAGAUUACCAAUGUGGUGGAGGCCAACCAGCCAGUCAGCAUCCAGAACUGGUGCAAGAAGGGACGCAAGCAGUGUCGCAGUCACAUGCACAUUGUGGUGCCCUACCGCUGCCUGGUGGGAGAGUUUGUGAGCGACGCCCUGCUUGUUCCUGACAAGUGCAAGUUCCUGCACCAGGAGCGUAUGGACCAGUGUGAGAGCCACCUGCACUGGCACACUGUAGCCAAGGAGUCCUGUGGAGACCGCACCAUGAAUCUCCACGACUAUGGUAUGCUGUUGCCGUGCGGCAUCGACCGUUUCAGAGGAGUGGAGUUUGUGUGCUGUCCCGCGGGGGCGGAGCGUGACGCCGACAGCGCCGAGCAGGACGCUGAUGAUUCCGAUGUCUGGUGGGGUGGAGCGGAGACGGAUUACUCUGACAACAGUAUGGUGCGGGAGCCAGAGCCAGCGGAGCAGCAAGAGGAAACCAGGCCAUCUGUGGUCGAGGAGGACAAGGAAGAGGUGGAGGAGGAGGAGGAGGAGGAAGAAGAGGAGGAGGAGGAGGUGGUAGCCGAGGAAAAUGACGAGGAGGAGGAAGAGGACGUGCUGAGCAACGACCAGGAUGGAGACGGAGAGGAGGACGAAGAAGUGGUGGAGGAAGAGGAAGAAGAGGGAGAUGACGUCAUUGUCGACACCCUCGACGACAACGAUGAUGCCGACGAGCCCACCACCAGCGUUGCCAUGACGACCACAACCACUACCACCACCACCGAGUCUGUGGAAGAGGUUGUCAGAGAUGUGUGCUGGGCCAAUGCAGAGACUGGUCCAUGCCGGGCCAUGCUGCCCCGCUGGUACUUUGACCACCAAGAGGGCCGCUGUGCUCAGUUUAUCUACGGCGGCUGCGGAGGCAACAGGAAUAACUUUGACUCAGAGGAGUACUGCCUGUCUGUCUGCAGCAGUGUCAUACCCACAGCUACGCCCAGCUCCCCUGAUGCUGUGGACCACUACCUGGAGACACCUGCUGAUGAAAACGAACAUGCCCACUUCCAGAAGGCCAAAGAAAGCCUGGAGGCUAAGCACCGCGAGAGGAUGUCCCAGGUGAUGAGAGAGUGGGAGGAGGCUGAGAGGGAAGCUAAGAAUCUUCCACGUGCUGACAAGAAGGCAGUUAUCCAGCGUUUCCAGGAGAAGGUGGAGGCACUGGAGCAGGAGGCAGCCAGUGAACGGCAGCAGCUGGUGGAGACCCACAUGGCUCGGGUGGAGGCUCUGCUUAAUGAUCGCCGCCGCCUGGCUCUGGAGAGCUACCUGACGGCGCUGCAGCAGGACCCACCCAGGCCUCGCCACGUCUUCAGCCUGUUGAAGAAGUAUGUGCGUGCCGAGCAGAAGGACAGGCAGCACACCCUCAAACACUUUGAACACGUCCGCAUGGUGGAUCCCAAGAAGGCUGCGCAGAUCAGACCUCAGGUACUGACCCACCUGCGUGUCAUUGAGGAGCGUAUGAACCAGUCUCUGGGACUUCUCUACAAGGUGCCGGGUGUGGCCGACGACAUCCAGGACCAAGUUGGUGAGUCGGCCAUUUUGACGCUUAAGACACAAAUUCAGUUCCUACCGCUGUUGCCUCCAACACUCGGCUGUCCGUCCUGCUUUAGCGAGCCAGUUUGGUGGGUGUGUGUGGGUAAGCGGCUAAGUGUCACCAUCCAUAAUAGAUACUACUUUUCCCUUCCCCUGCCAGUGACUGGAAUGAAGAUGGAAGCUAUUCCUGAGCUGCGGAUGGAUACGGAGGAAAGACAGAGCACUGAAUAUGAAGUUCACCACCAGAAACUGGUCUUCUUCGCAGAGGAUGUGGGCUCCAACAAGGGCGCCAUCAUCGGCCUGAUGGUUGGAGGCGUCGUCAUAGCAACUGUGAUCGUCAUCACCUUGGUGAUGCUGAGGAAGAAGCAGUACACCUCCAUCCACCACGGAGUCAUCGAGGUGGAUGCUGCCGUCACCCCCGAGGAGCGCCACCUGUCUAAGAUGCAGCAGAACGGUUACGAGAACCCGACCUACAAGUUCUUUGAGCAGAUGCAGAACUGAGGAGAAUGUCAUAUGUACACACAUACACACACAUAAAAGAAAAACACACAAACAUCUCCCACACAUCAAGCACCUCCCUUCCCUCUCUCCUCCUCCCCCUCCCUCGACUAGUCCCACGUCUCCAAAAGGCGGUGUGGCUUAAAUCAUCGAGUGACUGGAAUAGUCAGUUACGAGCAGACCGAGUGUCUGUAGCCAGGGUUUUCUUUCAUUUCUGCCUGUGCGGACACUGUGGCCAAGCCAGUUUGCACCAUGUUUGUUCACUUUAUCAGAGCAAGACUCCUUUUUAAUUAAUGAAAGGUGUUUUUAUAGGUUGCUCCGUCUGGGCCUGCUGAUGUAUGGGGGGAAAAAAAGCCCCGCCCAGUGCAUCGACACAAACCCACUCUUUGGGGAAAGAAGCGCUUUCUCUCCACACUGAUUCAGGGCCAGUGUAUAGUUGGGGGUUUUGGUGUGGGACGGUUUUAGGUGUGGACUUGUGUAGGCAAAUCUGACCACUGAUCAGUGGGAUUUUUGGCGCACAUUGACCUGGGCCUCAUUUACAAAAAUGAAUUGCAGAAUCGUUAUUUCAAAUCAUUAUUCAACUUGUGGACAUAUUCAUUAGUUUCUCUCAUAUUCUUUGUAAUGAUUAUAUAAUGAAAAAUGGGCUUAAAUCAAGCAGCAUGAUUUUUCUAAAUAAGGCCCAGUGUUUCCCCACCAACUGCACCACUACUGCACUCAGUCUACACUGGAGUAUCCUCUCUCCCUCCUCCUCCAUCCCUCCCUCCAUCCUCUUUUCUUUGCGCAUUCUUACGACAGCUGGGCUGUGUUAAGUCACACAAGGCUCUUAAGGAUAUUUGGAGAUGCUGAUGAUAAUUAUGUUGACGACGGUAGUCAUGUAUUCUGAAUGAGCGUUUUUUUAUUUUAAAGGUUUUUUUUUUCUCUUUUGAUUCCAGUUUUGUUUUUCAAAAAAGAAUGAAAAUGGAGAAAAAAAAGUCAAACCGAUGUAAAGUCCUUUUUUUAAAUUGCGUGUAAUGUUACUGAAGUAAUGCCGAAGUCUUAGCUGUUCCUAUGUAGUGCAUGACAACAAUGACAACAGGAUUUGGAAAAAACAAACAAAAAAACAACCAAGAUCUUACCGCUGCUCUCUCUUGAGAUCCUUUCUCACUUAUAGAUUGUCAUUCUAGCAAGAUUGUACAUUUAGUAUCUUCUCGUGAUCACGUGACUUCAAACAA